AUGAACACCCCAGAAGCAACCCCUCCCCCCUGGACCCCCUUCGCCAUCCUAACCCCCCGCCUCAUCCUCCUCCCCACCCCCCUCGCCAUCUCCUCCCCCACCUACCGCAAACUCUACGCCUCCCUGCACGCCAACCCCGAAUUCUGCACCAUGGGCUUCGGCGCCCACUUCCCGGUCCGGCAGUGGACCGACCCCGAAACCCGGGAGGUGAUUGAAACCCGCGACAUCGCGCGCUGCUGGCACGGCCGCGGGAUGGGCGACUGCGCCGUGGGGCUGCGGCCGCCAACGCUCCCCAUCCCAGCGGAAAGCGCCAGCAAGGAUAUGGAUAUCACCAUCCUAACCGGCGAGGAAUUCAACACUCUACCAAUGGGUAACCUCGAUGCAAUAGAGUGGGUAGGCUACGCCGGCGUCCGCGACGGCACGACGACCUCGAUCCCGCCCCGCGAGGCCGGGGACGCGCCGCUCCCGCCGUGGACCGAGAUGGUCGAGGUGCGCUACGGGGUGGCGCCGGAGCAUUGGGGCAGGGGGAUCGCGGCGGAGGCGGCCGCGGCGGUGAUGCGGUGGGCGGUGGCCGCGCGCGGCGUGCGCCGGUUUAUCGCCGAGACGGAGCGGCCGAAUGCGCGCAGUGCGAGGGCGCUGGAGAAGUUGGGGUUUCGGCGGAGUGGGACGGGGUAUUGGAAGGAGCCGGGGGAGGUGGAGUGGGAGUUGGUGGUUGAGGAGGAUACGGACUAG